AUGGAUACGUGGACUGCUGAUAUUUGGAACGGUAAUGAAGAGGAAUGUAAGAGAAUUCUGAAUGAACCAGGAAAUUGGGAGAAGGUACCUUUAUUAUUUGAUGAUAAAAUAGCUCUUGGAACCUUUGUACGAUUUAAAGGAAUGAUACAAGAUAUGUUAAAUCCAGAAUAUUAUAGUAGCAAUUAUAAAAUUAUCAAUUCUGAGAAUGAUGAAUUUACUUUGUGUCAAGCAAAAUAUCAUAGCAGUACUAAAAAUCUAAAACCUGGAGAAGAAGUUGUAUUUGGUGAUACAUUGAUGGAACGACAAAUUCUUGCCUGUAUUCCAAUUCCAGGAUUGAAUGAAUGGGCCAAAGAUGUAACUAAUACAAACCAGAAUGCUGAAUCUCAACUAGAAGAAAAUAUAAGUAAACGUAUUCGUCUUGAUCCAGCAUGUCAAAAAUACCCUAAGGAAAUAUUUAUUUUUGUAUAUCCUGAAGAUAUCAAUAGCAAUGAAUUAAAGCUUAACCAAAUUGUAGAAGUUGUAGGAUUUCUUGACCGACGUACGAUUCAAGAUGACAACGGAGAUUUAGAAGGACAAUCUUCAAUAGCUAAAGAAACACAUUGUAUUCAUGCUGUUCAAUUGAAACUGCUAAAAACCUUAAUUCCAGAUAAUGAAGAAAUGUAUAAAUCCAUCUGGAAUGAUGCACCAAACAUUUAUGCAGAGCUAAAAUUUGUAUUAACUCAAGCAUUAUUAGGAGACUCUUUAGCUGCUGACUAUUUACUAUUUUAUCUUGUAUCUACCAUUUAUAAUAGACAAACCGUUUUGGUUCCUGGAAAAUUCUCAUUAAAUAUUCGUGGUAUUCCUCAUGAUAUUGGACAAAGCUACACAAAACAUUUGUACUCACUGAUAUCUUAUUUGGUAGUAAAAAGUGAGUAUUUACCAAUCCAAAUACACACUAUGAACAACAGGAUAUGA